AUGAGUACGCGGCAAGACCACCAAGCCGAGAACUCACUGCUUCCCUCCUUCAACCUCUUCAAGCUCGUCCGCGAUGCCAAGCCAGCAGUCCGCUACACCGUCUACGCCGGUCUCGGUCUGAUGGCCACGGUCGAGACGACUUUCUGGUUCUACGUGCUGCGAGCCAAGUUCUUUCCGCGGGCGUCAGCAGAGGAACAGGAGAAGGCCGAUGCGCUGCUCCAACGUUUGAGCGAGGCCAUGAAGAACUAUCGUCAUGUGUGGAUGACGAAUUACAACCGGUACUACGGUGCGCACAUGUGGGGGCUGGGGUAUGGAGGACUUGAUGGACUGGAAAAUUGA